GGGCGCUGCCCGUGGGCCGGCGGGGCCCGGGCAUGGAGGCGGCGGGCCCAGGCAGGUGCCUGGGGAUAGUGGGUCUUGCUCUGGAGCAGGCUGGCUGCCUCCCCAGUGGUUCCCUGCCCAACAGCUGCCGCUAUUGUAGACUCACUGUGUCACUCCCCCGACCCCCUCCCCGCUGGGAAAGACGAGAUGGGACCAGAGAGCACCUGAGCCCAGAUGCUGAGGGGCCUGUGCCCCCUGCUCCGUGCAAAGAGACAUCCUGGCAACAGCGACCCCGCAGCCUCCAGGAACCUGGGCUCAGCUCCUGCAGCUUGGCAUCCUUGUCAGUUCAGGGAGCUGCACCACCGCCGUCAGCACAUCAGGGAGGGGAAACCCUUUGCGAGGGACAGCCAGGCAGCAGGGUGGCCUGCCCACGCCGAGCUCCUGUCCCCCCAGGCGUGGUGUGGCAGGGAUGAGGAGCCGGCAGCGGAUGUUUGCCGCGGUGAUGCGUCUGCUCCUCAAGUGCCUGCGGCUGGGCCGGCGGCGGCGGUUCAAGCUGGUGCGGCAGGCGGAGCAGCUGUGGCACUACGGACACCUCUGCCUCCGCUCCCUGCUCUACAACUCCUUUACCAACGGCGACGUGGUGCUUGACUCUCUCUUCGAGCCCGUCUACUGGCUGGUGGACCAUGUCACCCGGUGGUUUGGUGUGGUGUUUGUGGCACUGGUGAUUGGGCUGACAAGCUCUAUUGUGGCCAUUGUGUACAUCUGCCUGCUGCCCCUCAUCCUGCAGACCUACACACCUGCCUGGAUAUGCUGGCAUCUCGCCUAUGGACACUGGAACCUCAUCAUGAUUGUCUUCCACUACUACAUGGCUAUCACCACUUCACCUGGGCACCCACCACAGGCCAAGAACGACCUCACUGGUGUGUCCAUCUGCAGGAAAUGUAUUGCCCCUAAGCCAGCUCGCACCCACCACUGCAGCAUCUGCAAUAGGUGUGUGCUGAAGAUGGACCACCACUGCCCUUGGUUAAACAACUGUGUGGGGCACUACAACCACCGCUACUUCUUCUCCUUCUGCUUGUUCAUGACUAUGGGCUGUAUUUACUGCAGCAUCAGUGGCUGGGAGAUGUUCCGGGAUGCCUACGCAGCCAUUGAGAGAAUGAAACUGCUUGAGAAGGAGAGACUGCAGGUGGCUGCCAACCAGACGUACUACCAGACCCCGCCACCCACCUUCUCCUUCCGCCAGCGAGCUUUCCACAAGAGUGUGGUCUACCUCUGGGUCCUGUGCAGCUCGGUUGCACUGGCCCUGGGUGCCCUCACGCUGUGGCACGCUGCCCUCAUUACCCGCGGGGAAACGAGCAUCGAACGGCACAUCAACAGAAAGGAGAGGCAGAGACUGCAGAAGAAAGGCAAGGUGAGCACAGCCCAUGGCAUGGGGGCAGGCUGGGGCAGAGCCACAUAUGAUGUGCCUCUCUCUGUCCUGCAGGUCUUCAGGAACCCCUACAGUUACGGCAGCUGGGAUAACUGGAAGGUGUUCCUGGGUGUGGAUGUGCCAAGGCACUGGCUCACUCGUGUCCUGCUGCCCUCUCCUCACCUGCCCCAUGGGACAGGCCUGAGCUGGGACCUGCCUCCCUGUGUGACGGAGCAACGCGCACCACUCCUGGCAAUCUGAGGCCCUGUGCUCUGGACAUCCCUUCCCACAGGCAGCGCAGCGCAUGGGGGACCUGCUGCACUGCUGCAGCUUCCUUUGGCCAAAGUGCCUGGCAGGAGGCUGGCACAUAUCGCUGACUGGAGCCAGAGCCAUGGGAAACUAUGGACAGUGUUGGUGCUUGGACACCUGCCCUCUUGGCUCUUGGUGGCUGCAGGCAGCCCGGGGGCAAGGUGGCAGAGCUGCUGCUCCCUUCUCCAGCUGACAGUGCUGCUCUUAGCACAGGUACGGGCCAGCAUUGGCCCAGCUCAGCUCUCUGAAGGGCUGGGUGUAGAGGAUGGCACCUCCAUCCCCCAAAAUGCUCCCCAGAGAGUCUUUCUAAGACCAUCUACUAAAUACUGUUUUUUU